ACUAUCGCUUCGUUUUGUCGGACAGUAACAGGGCUGUUGGUUACAUACGGAUUUAUUUCAGGCUUUGGAUUAUCCCUUUGUGGAAACGUGGUAGGCGUGGUCCCUGGUCACUACUUCGAGAAGAGGAGGCCAGCAGCCUAUGGCGUAUGCAUGGCAGGAGGUGCUCUGGGGCUGUUCAUAGCAGGUCCACUCACAAGAUACCUUCUUGACCAAUAUAACCUGCAUGGAACUUUGUUGAUAAUGGGUGCCAUUUCUUUCCAUAUGUCAAUUGCCGCAUCCUUACUGCGAAAACCAUCAAUACCUUCCAACGAAUCUUUCAUAGUUGUCCACAAAGACGAAGAUGAUGUAUCAGCCAAAGAAGCAUCCAUUCAAGACUCCGAUGAAAUGUUUCCGAGAAGUGAUACGACAGUUGCUGGUACAAACCCUACGAAGGAUACCAACACAGAUCAAACAACAAUUCCAUUUCUCUCAGAAGACAUCACACCUCGAACACAGACCAACGAGGAACCGAAAAUCCAAUGUUGUAAUAUACGACUUUUGUCAAAUAUAAUGACAAAAAGGGAUUUUCUUAUGUACAACUUUGCAAUCUUGUUCUGGUCGCUAGGUGACGCUGCCUGUAUAUUCCAUCUUCCGAACUAUGCAGAAAGUAAAGGCAGUUCGCCACGACAGGCAGAAAGUCUGUUAAGUGCAAUGGGAGCCGGUGGCAUCUUCACGAGGGUAGUCAUCGGUCUCAUGGCUUCCAGUCCCAGUACGGAAUACACGUUGCUUCAGUUUGGGAUUGUUGGUGUUACCGGACUCAUCACCAUCUUCUUUCCCCUGUUUUCCAGUACAUAUCACUGCCAGAUAGCGUUUGCAUUAUUGUAUGGCUUGUACAGCCAUGGAACAAAUUCAUUGAUGGGACCAUUAACUAUACAACUUACCAGUUUGUCUGACGUUGCCAUUGGUUUCGGUAUAGUGUAUUUCUCUUGUGGAAUUGGAUAUCUCUUGGGACCAGUCAUUGCAACGGGUCGGUGA